UGGCCGGGUGCGGUACAUGUUUGAAGAAGAAGUGGUUACAGCUUUACACGCAAAGUGAGCAAGUUUGCGCUUUUUGAGGCCGUUUCACGACCCGCUUACAAAAGAAGGGUCAAAAGGUAAGUUUAGUGGGUAUUAGGAGGUACCUUAGGUAAUAUGCUCAUAGUCAUGGAUAUACAUGGUAAAUAAUAGAGGAUAGCACCUGAAGAAAGUAAAGACGCGGGGGGGAAGAGCAACAUUGAAGGAAAGACAACCUUGAUGGCCGUCGGGUACCUACCUUCUUCAUCCCUCUUAACCUACUUCACUUAGCAAUCUUGCGUUUGUCAUCAAAGUGUAAAGAGCUUCCUACCGUCCCGUAGCACGUCACUUCUCCUCCCGGUCUCCUCUCAUUCCUAAGAUGGCCGCUACUACGUACUCCCUCCCCCCGCUGCCGUACGCAUACGAUGCUCUGGAACCUAGCAUUUCCAAGCAGAUUAUGGAGUUGCACCACACCAAGCACCACCAGACCUAUGUAACCAACCUCAACAAGGCACUCCAGACCUCCGCCAAGGCGCAGUCCGAGGGCAAGCUCCAAGACGCCGCAGCCCAACUAUCGGCCAUCCGCUUCAAUGGUGGCGGUCAUAUCAACCACUCAUUAUUCUGGGAAGGUCUAGCACCUGCCUCCUCUCCCGACUCCAAGAUCAAUGCUGCUCCUAAGCUCGCCGGCGCUAUCAAGGCUACUUGGGGUAGCUUUGAUAAGUUCAAGGAUACCUUUAAUGCGGCCCUGCUCGGUAUUCAGGGAAGCGGUUGGGGUUGGCUCGUAAAGGAAGCGGUUACCGGACAACUCCGAAUCGUGACGCUGGCAAACCAGGAAGCGGUCGUGGUUGGCGACACUCCCCUCUUCGGUGUGGACAUGUGGGAGCACGCGUACUAUUUGCAAUACCUCAACGGUAAGGCAGCGUACGUUGACAACAUCUGGAAGGUGAUUAACUGGAAGACUGCCGAGGCUCGAUAUGGUGGAAGUCGGGAUGAUGCCUUCAAGACUCUCAAGGCUCAGAUCUAAGGCUACCUAUUCAAAUAAGCAACAGGUUCUCGAAGGAUAUCUCGCACCGCUAAUUGAAAGAGGCGUGGUUUAUGAACGCGAUAAUGAGAUCUAUGGUGUUAAGUACCUAUGGCUUCGGUAGUUGAUCGAUUGCGUUCUAGUUAAAUGAAAUGAAAAACAUGCCACUCACGGCGCAUUGAAACGCGUAUUUCAUGUUCUGAAUCAAGUCAAUUGCUGUUCUGGAGCUAAUAUAGCCGAAAAUGAAUUGGGCAUGAUGGUUUAUAUAUGUGAGAAGAGAGUCGCUCUUCAACAGAAAUUAGAUAGCUUUCUUGCUAAAUCGAGCGAACUAUGAUGUUAAUUAUAUGAUGAUUGAAUUAAGAAGAGGAAAGAAUCAUCUCCUCACAGGGGUUUUAUCAUGG